UGACAGGAGAGAUACCUGUGGAGCUAGGUAAUCUUAAGAAACUACAGACGCUGGGAUUAGCCGAGAAUGAGUUUACUGGUUCGGUCCCUACAAGCAUUUUCAACAUAUCAGCACUGCAGGUCCUAAUACUUUCACUAAACAAGCUUUCAGGUACUCUACCUUCAGAUUUAGGUCGUGGAAUGCCGAACCUAGAAGAAUUUUACUGUGGAGGAAAUAAUCUGAGUGGUUUUAUCUCUGAUUCAAUCUCAAAUUCUUCGAGACUCAGAAUGCUUGAUCUCUCAUUCAACAGUUUCACAGGUCCAAUUCCUAAAUCACUCGGUAAAUUAGAAUACCUUGAGGCUCUAAACUUGGGAAACAAUAGUUUUAUCAGCGAUUCAACAUUAAGCUUCCUUGCAUCAUUGAAUAACUGUAGGAAUCUAAGAAAUCUCUGGUUCUAUAAUAAUCCUUUGGAUGCCAUUUUUCCGGCAUCUGUUGGUAAUUUCUCCGAUUCCUUGCACGGUUUUGAAGCAGAUGGUUGUAAACUUAAGGGCAUGAUUCCCCGAGAAAUUGGUAAACUUACUGGUUUGACAAAGAUGAGUCUAUCUAACAAUGAGUUCACCGGAUGUAUUCCAAAUACCAUCCAAGGCAUGUUGAGCCUUCAAGAACUUUACCUAGAUAAAAACAAGAUAGAAGGACCCAUACCAGAUGAUAUGUGCAGUUUACAGAAUCUUGGUGCAUUGGACUUGUCACAAAAUAAAUUUUCUGGUUCCGUGCCACCAUGCUUAGGAAAAUUUACCAGUUUGAGGAUACUUCGUCUAGAUUACAACAUGCUGGAUUCUAGAUUACCAGAAAGCUUGGGGAGCCUUAAAGAUCUUUUAGAAUUUAGUGUUUCAUCCAAUUUAUUAAGUGGCCAAAUUCCAUUUGAAAUUGGUAAUUUACAGGCGGCAACAAUCAUUGAUUUGUCAAAAAAUAAUUUUUCUGGUAAGAUUCCUAGCACUCUAGGGGGUCUAGAUAAAUUGAUUUAUCUUUCUCUGGAACAUAAUAGACUAGAUGGGCCUAUUCCAAAUUCAUUUGGCAAAAUGUUGGCAUUGGAAUUCUUAGAUUUGUGCUAUAACAAUCUUGUUGGUGAAAUUCCGAAGUCAUUAGAAGCUCUUGUGUCUCUCAAAUACCUCAACUUUUCAUUCAAUAAACUAAUUGGACAGAUUCCCACUGGUGGUCCUUUUUCAAACGCCACAGGUCAAUCCUUCUUGUCUAAUGAUGCACUAUGUGGUGAUGCCAAGUUUAAUGUGACAACAUGUGUCAUCCAAACACCCAAGAGGAAAAAGGCUAACUUAGUUUUGUACAUCAGUUUGGGUGUGGGUCUGUUACUUCUUGUAUUAGCCCUUGCAUAUGUAUUUGUAAGAUUACGAAAGACAAAAAAGAAUACAGGUCAAACAAAUGUGUCUCCGUUAAAAGAGCAUGAAAGAAUUUCCUAUUAUGAAAUUGAACAGGCAACAGAAGGAUUCAACGAAACAAACUUGCUUGGUAUUGGGAGUUUCAGCAUGGUCUACAAAGGGAUACUUAAAGAUGGUACCCUUUUUGCAGCAAAGGUAUUCAAUGUGCAAUUGGAGCGUGCAUUCAGAAGUUUUGACAUAGAAUGUGAGAUACUCCGAAACCUUCGCCAUAGAAAUUUGACCAAAGUCAUCACCAGCUGCUCCAACCUUGAUUUCAAAGCCCUAGUGUUGGAAUACAUGCCCAAUGGGACACUUGAUAAAUGGUUAUAUUCUCAUAACUUAUUCUUGAACUUGUUGCAGAGAUUAGAUAUAAUGAUAGAUGUUGCAUCUGCAAUAGACUAUCUCCACAAUGGUCAUUCAACAGCUGUGGUGCAUUGCGACUUGAAGCCAAGCAAUGUCUUGCUAGAUCAAGAAAUGGUUGGUCAUGUCAGUGAUUUUGGCAUUUCAAAAUUGUUAGGUGUGGGGGAGGCUUUUGUUCAAACAAGGACAAUUGCAACCAUUGGAUAUAUUGCUCCAGAGUAUGGACAAAAUGGAAUUGUAUCCACAAGCUGUGAUGUUUAUAGUUUUGGCAUCAUGAUGAUGGAGAUGUUCACAAGAACAAGACCAAGUGAUGAAAUAUUUAUUGGAGGCUUGACCAUACAACGUUGGGUUAGUGAUUCCUUUCCAGGUGAAAUUCAUAAGGUGGUGGAUUCUAAUCUGGUACAGCCAGGGGAUGAGCAAAUUGAUGCAAAGAUGCAGUGCUUGUUGUCUAUCAUGGAAUUAGCUUUGAGCUGCACUUUCGUGACACCCGAUGCAAGAAUUAGUAUCGAAAAUGCACUUUCAACACUGAAAAAGAUUAGGCUCCGGCUUGUCAGUAGUUGGCACUAG